UUUAUAUUAGGUGUUGCUAUGGGUAUUGCUGGUAGUGAUGUGAGCAAACAAGCUGCCGAUAUGAUUCUGCUAGAUGACAAUUUUGCAUCCAUUGUAACUGGUGUUGAAGAAGGACGACUGAUAUUUGAUAACUUAAAGAAAUCUAUUGCCUAUACUUUAACAAGUAAUAUUCCUGAAAUAUCUCCAUUUCUGUUGUUUAUUCUGGCUGAUAUACCUCUACCCCUCGGUACAGUUACUAUUCUUUGCAUUGAUUUGGGAACAGACAUGGUUCCUGCUAUCUCACUCGCAUAUGAAACUGCUGAAAGUGACAUCAUGAAGCGCCAGCCAAGAGAUCCGAAAAAGGACAAAUUAGUAAAUGAACGGUUGAUAUCGAUGUCAUAUGGCCAGAUAGGAAUGAUGCAAGCAGCAGCAGGCUUUUUUACUUAUUUUGUGAUUAUGAGUGAAAAUGGGUUUUGGCCUAGUCGUCUAUUAGGUCUUCGCAGGGAAUGGGACUCAGCAGCUAUAAAUGAUUUAACAGAUUCUUACAAUCAGGAAUGGACAUUCAAAGAUAGGAAGACUUUGGAGUAUACAUGUCACACAGCAUUUUUUGUUUCUAUCGUGAUAGUACAGUGGGCUGACUUAAUCAUCUGUAAAACAAGGCGGAAUUCAAUUCUCCAUCAAGGAAUGAGGAACCAUGUAUUAAAUUUUGGAUUAGUUUUUGAAACUGCAUUAGCUGCAGUGCUGUGUUAUACACCUGGAAUGGAUAAAGGUCUUAGAAUGUAUCCUUUAAAAUUCAAUUGGUGGUUACCCGCUUUGCCAUUUUCACUUUUAAUAUUUGUUUAUGAUGAAGUGCGGCGGUUCAUUUUACGUCGAAAUCCAGGUGGAUGGGUUGAAAGAGAAACUUAUUAUUGACCUGCUUUUACUGUGUUAAGGACAUUUUCACAGGUUUCUCGUUCAAUUUUCAUGUUAUUGGGGUAUGGGGGCAGCAAGAUCCAGCCAAGAUGUGGAUACCAAGCUCCCAGAAACCUGUGCAUUUACGAGAAAAUAUGUGCAGGAAAGGUCAGAGAACUUUUGUGAUGCAUCAUGCUUUGAACAGUCUUGAGAAAAUUGUAAAUGUACCUUAACUAUUUUGAAUAGUAGAAAAGAACAUAUUAUAGGAAAAUUAUUCAAUCAUAUGAAAUUAAUAUUUGUGAACACUUUACUACUUGUAAUGUUUUAUCUGCAUUAUAUCAAUUAUAUCUAAGUUAAAAAUCAGCUUUCAGAUCUAUUGGUGACGCUGCCAAAUUAUACUGUAGAUCCCGAGUGCAUUUUGUAAUGUUUCUUUUGUAGUAUUUUUUUUCCUUUAAUAUAUUAUAUAGAUUUAAAAUUUAAAAAUUUUAUUAUUUGAGGUGGAUUAGUAUUUGUAAAGUUCUGUUCUGUUAUUUUAGAUUAAUAGGCACUUAAUAAAAAAACAAGUGCAGCUUAUAUUGCCAAUUAUUAAAUCUGGCUUUACAAUUAUAUACACAUUUUCAAAUUUACUAUUCAGGUUAUCUUAGGUCUUUUUUUAUCUUUUUUACAUCUAUUAUCUAUAUAUAUAUAUACAUAUAUACACACACAUACAUGCAUAUACUCUACUGGCUCAAAGAAAUGAACACAUGCUUUUUUGCUUGCUUUAAAACUAAAAGCAAGCAUAAAAUUUGAUCAAAAUUAAAAGCAAAAUGUGCACAAAUGCUUAUUUGGAAACACAAUUUAUAAAGAUUUCUGAAUCUUAUACACUUAAGUAGUAAAAAUGAAUUCAGAAUUUUAUGUGCUUUAUCUUGUACUUCAAUUUACUCAAUAACCAUUCUCUUUAUUAAAAAACGUGAUUUGUGCAUUAGAAAUCCAUUUAUCACUACAUCAGGUGGAUAAUUGAAAUUGUUACCCGAGCUAAAAGUGUGGGAACCAAAUUUUAUUCUGUGUAAUAUACAUACCAUAUAUAUAUUAUUGCCUUUCAAGAUGUAAAAUUGCAUUUAUUUAUAGUAGCAAUUCAUCUUUGCUUCAAUAGAAUAUUGGGUGGUAUUUGUCUUGAAAAUAUUGGAUUGUCUUCUAUAUUUUUUUUAAUUAAAUUUAUUUUCGUAUGUGUUACUGUUGCAACUAAAGAAAAAUGGAGUCUUAAAUUAUGUGUACUAAUUUAUAGCUCUUCUGCCUUUAAAUUACUCUCAAUAACAUUUCAUACAAGACUAUUGAAUAAUGAAGGAAAUACCACCUGAUUAGGUAAUUCAUGUAAAUCUAGUUAAAAAAAUGUUUGCAUUCAGAUUAGCUUCAUUAACAUAUUCAUGUUAUCAUUGAUGUGGUUAUGCGUAUAUGUAUAAAUUUUAUAAUCAUUUUAUGAAUCUGGGUAAAGAUGCAAUAAAGCUUAUGUUUAAUUCAGAAAUGUUAACAGUUAAAUAAUAUUUUGUUAAUUUUUUUCUUAGUUUAAGUAUUUGUGCAUUUUUAUAAUCUAAAAAGGAAAAAGGCUAAAAUUUAGUACUCAAUGCCAUAGGUCAGGAGUUUUGACCAACCUCAUGAACAUCUAAUAAUAAUAAAUUCAUUAUUAAUCAUUCUGUGAAUGAUACUAUGCAAUACCAUAGGCUGUUAGCCUGUUGUAGAAAAAUCUUUAAAAAUACAGAAAGCAUUAGGUAACUAAGUUUUUAAAAAACUUACAUGCUUCUUUCAGAUAAACUGCAUAUUACUUUUCAUUUCAUUCUGAUGUAUUUCAGAAUGAGAUUUGUUUACCUGUGGCAUUGAGUUCUUCUUAUUAGUUAGUUCAUUCUACUGAUAGCAUUUUUGCACUAGGAUAGGCAGCCAUGUUGGUUUCCCUGGUCACUCAUCAUAAAUAUUACGGGCUCUGCAGUUGUGGUCUUUUCAUGUCCAUAUGUAGGUCCAUCGAUAAAAAUGUGGUAGGUAGAUCAGUGAUACAAAAUUUACAUUUGACAUUCUUACUGAGAAUGAGGCUAUAAAUUGGUGAUACAAAUUUUAUUUUCUGUUAUUGUUUGGUAUGUUUUCAGAAAAAUAAUUCUGAAUAUGUAUAGUUAAGAUUCACUAUUUGAUUUCUAGUAAUUCAUUAUUAUUAUUAUUAUUAUUAUUGGCAAAUUGUUUUCUUUAUGUAACCUCAUAUGUUUUGUUUUAUCAUUAAAUCUUCAAACAUCAUUGUAUUUUGUUGAAGAUUUUCAUAUAUUUUUUUAUUAUUUUGCUAUGUGUUUUCAAAUUUCAACUAUAUAAAUGAAAAAUAAAUAAAAAGUAUUUUUUAAAACUAUCAUCCCUUUUUGUCCAAAAGUUACAAAAUGUAUUCUUUGCUCACGGAUACAGAGGUUGAGAGCCUUGUAUUGUUUUUCUUUGUUAAUACUUUUACAACAAGUUGCAUUUCUGAUGAAUUUUAAUAAAGUGUGUGCACUGAACAGUUA